AAAAAAAAAUAAAUCUGACAUUAUUUUAGACUAGAGAAGAAGACAAAAAUCAAGAUGGCAAAAUGGAUCAGUUGUAUUUUAAAUUGGAACUUCCGCUACAACCUACAGAGCAUGUAGUUGGUGUUCAGCUGAUUCUACUCUUCUCCUACCAGCUUUAUAGAAUGUCAACACUUGUGAUGCAGAGCAUGGCUUUUCUUCAGUUUUUUUCUCCUGUGCCAGGGUCUCAACUCUAUAUGAAUGGAGACCUGAAACUGAACCAGAGGCAAUUACUUAACCAUUGUGGCCUGGAUACCAGAUACAAUGUGUCUGUGGUCAAUGGCACAAGUCCCUUUGCGAGUGACUAUGACCUAACAAACAUCAUUGCAGCAUACUGGGAUAGAAAUGUGACAACAGUCUUUUCAGAUCCCAACCCUGUUUGGAUGACUGGAAGAGCAGCAGAUACACCAUUUAUCAUUAACGCCACUAUUCGUUACCCAGUGGAAGUUAUCUUAUAUCAGCCAGGAUUUUGGGAAAUUAUUAAAUUUGCCUGGAUCCAGUAUGUCAGCAUUCUCCUUAUUUUUCUUUGGGUGUUUGGUAGGAUUAAAAUGUUUGUGUUCCAGAAUCAGGUCUUGACUACAACUCCAAUAUCACCAGUUCUGCCAGUGUCUCCAGUACUGUCCUACAAACAGCACCAGUCCUGAGGAGACGCCUGAGAACACUUUAAAGAAAUGCAGUUCAAAAAUAGAUAGCUGCUUUCAUUCUCGAAAUGCUUUUUACUUCCGAAGAUCAGAACUUUGUAAGUGUGUUCCAAGUAUAUUCUGUUAGUGUUUACAUUUAAAAUACAUGUUCUUUCAUCUGUUUCUUUGGGAACACUGCUUUGGGAUGGAAAAUUUUUAUAAAGAACCUCAAACAGGGCCAAAGGAGGCCAUGAAGAUGCAUGCAACCUGGGAUAGUGGAAGGUGUCCUGCCUGGGGCAGGGUGUGGCACUGGAUGGGCUUUAAGGUCCCUUCCACCCCAAACUGUUCUGUGAUGAUUUUUUUUUUUUUUUUUUGCAACUGGAAUGCACUUCAGUAACCAGUAGAAAGCAGUGAGACUACUUCUACAUGAUCUUAAUUUUGUUAAACCUUGAAGACUGAAAAUAAUAUGCUAAUAGUAACAAUAUAAGCUGUUUUUACUGUCUUGUAAAUCACUGCUCAGAGUUCUGUCAAGAGCUGUAUGUACAUGCAUUUAUGUGCACUAUGAAAUGAGAAAAUAUAAGGAAUGUGAAGAAAUGUAUGGAUGAGUUAAGGUCAGAGCCACACCUGCUAUACAUGCUCACUGAUUUAGUUACUAAACUAGAUGAUGGAAAAUUCAAGGUUGAUGUGAGAAACUGGGUUGUGGGUGAUAGGGUCUGCAAGGUUUGCACAAUCAUCUACUAUUGGCAUUAUUACUGCAGCACUAGACCAUUAAUUGUGAAUUUGAACUAGUAAAACAAGCCUGGUAUUUGUUUAAGCUAACAAAAAAAACCCCUACCAGAGAAGCUUCAGAGUUCCAAAACAAGUGAAUAGUUACUUUCAGAACUUAAAUGAUCACUUAGAUAGAAUUCAAUCGAUUAUGUGGUGAGCACUGAAAGACUAUGUCCCUCAUUCUUGAUGGGGGUGGUGGUAGUAGGGAAGAUUUAAUUUUAUUUUCUCUUUCUGGGCUGGCUUUUUAUGCCAGACAAGCUUAGAAGGGAAAACAGCAAUAUUUCCAUUAUGUUUUCAGUUUUGUAGUUAAGCAAAGCAGUGUUACAGCAGGAGAGAGUCUAAAACAAUUGCAGAUGAUAGUUAACAAAAUUUUGAGUGUCUUUGGUUCUCUUGAACUCUUAAGAUGUGGUGCAGCUAUGAAAUGUGAAAGAGCAAUUUGUACAGCAGCACCCCACCUUUUGGCUAUUGUCCUCUAGAAUUCAGCAUCCUGUCAUUUUAGAGACCUGCCUAUUCCUUUUUCUUUCUCCUCCUCAAAAUGGCCAGCUUCUUUUCAAACUUCUGUUUAAGCUUAUUUUAAACUUUAUAGUCUUGGAGCUUGCAUUUCUCCAAGGUUUUACAUGCUGGAUGGACUCCAGCUUAUUCUUCAAUGCAAGUAAAACAUUAAUGUGGGGAGCCACGUCUUGGUUAUCCAAGACACUUUUGUGCUUGUGAAACAUAAGUAUUUAGAUGCGAAUUGUAAAUAAUUGCAAGGAGCAUUUGCUGUAUAUACAUUUAUAUAUUUUGGUUUGAAA